GCCGAGACACUAUACUCUCACAUUACAAAUGACCACGUCGGACGCAAGUCAACGGGCAACCUGUGCCUCCAGUGCAAGUGGGAAGACUGUACCAUCUCGCGCACUAAACGCGACCACAUCACGUCUCAUAUCCGCGUACACGUCCCCCUCAAACCCCACAAGUGUGACUUGUGUCCAAAGGCCUUCAAACGCCCUCAAGACUUGAAGAAGCACGAGAAGACGCAU